CCCGUUCCCCGGAUGCCCGCUCCACCCAUUAUAGUCGCGCGCAGUGGGGCGCGUCCAUGUGCUGUAUCUUGUGUGUGGACGAGGAAGUCCCCAUCACUGCUCAUUCAAUUCCGAUCCAGACGCCCGAAACACACAGAGAUACGACCAUGGCCUCCGGAGUCACAGUGACAGAGGAAGUGGUGACCGUCUUCAACGACAUGAAGGUGCGCAAGGCCACGGCCAACGAGGACGAGAAGAAGAAGAGGAAGAAGGCGGUGCUCUUCUGCCUCAGCGAGGACAAAAAGCACAUCAUUUUGGAGCCGGGCAACGAGAUCCUGGUGGGGGAUGUGGGCACCACGGUCGAGGACCCGUACCUUCACUUCGUCAAAAUGCUGCCCCCCAACGACUGUCGCUACGCUCUGUACGACGCCACCUACGAGACCAAGGAAACCAGGAAGGAGGACUUGGUCUUUAUCCUCUGGGCUCCAGAGAGCGCCCCCCUGAAGAGCAAGAUGAUCUACGCCAGCUCCAAGGAUGCCAUCAAGAAGAAAUUGACCGGUAUCAAGCACGAGUUGCAAGUGAACGGUUUGGAGGAAAUAAAGGACCGACGUAACCUUGCAGAGAAACUUGGAGGCACGUCAGUCAUUACCCUCGAAGGAUACCCUCUAUAAAUUUACCUCCAGGCUUCAACUGAGGCCUACCAGUACACAAAUUUGUGAGGGGUUUGGCUGUUCAUUCCAUUAUGGCAAGGUGGGGGUGGGGGGUGGGGGGGCAAUUUGUGGGAGGGAGGGGGUGGUUGUCGGUCUGAAAUUUCAUAAUUGCAGGCUAUCAUUCCAAUUCUGACAAUGAAGAACAAAACGCAAAAAAAUGUUGAAGUCAAAAUUAAUGAAGGAUGAUAAUACAUACGAUAAUUGAAGUUUGACAGGUUUUUGUUCGUUCUGGGUUCCAGUUGAGUGGUGCUGUGAAGGAGGGGGGGAAGUGCAAGGUGCACUGGGCAUAUAAACCAUUAAUUCAAACUUGAAUGUUGCAGAAUACUGUUAAACUUAAUUCUACAAUGUUAUUUGCCAAACUUCUAGUUCUGUUUUAUUAGCAUUUAUGUGUAACUGAGGCGAUCUGUGACAACACUUCAAAGAUUUCUGACUUAAAAUGCGACGCGUCAAACCUUUUUCAGGAUCACUUUUAAUUGCAUUCUUUUGACUUUAUGCCCAAACGUUCAAAUUCCAAAAUUAUGAUUCCAGUUUUGUUUUAUUGUUAUUAUUAUUUUUUUGUUUGUUUUUGCAUUUUUGACUGAACCAAACCAUUGUUGGUGUGAAGAACAAACACAUUCCUUUUAGGACUGAAAGAGCUGAUUAAAAUGAAGUGACUGAAUGAGUUAUCGAGAUGAAGAACGGAAGGAAGGGGGGAGGGCAGAGGGGGAGCGAAGUAGCGUAACAGCCUGUGUACAGAGUGAAGGGAUGCUGGAUGGAGGGUGGAUGUUUUGUAUCGUCUCCUUAUCUCUAAUUAAAAUAAAAAAUAAAAAAAAGCACUUAACUACC